AUGGGUCCCGCCACGCAGUGCACGAUCCCGCCGCGUAACGUCCGCCCCGAGCAGGUCGCUUUCGGGGAGCUGAUCAACGGGACGACCGUGUUCUACGUGGCUCGCGUCAACGGCGCCGACCCUGUGGCCCUCUACCCGGCCAGCGGCGCAUUAAUAUCUCUGGCGCAGCAAUACAGGGACGCUGAGCGGGAUGAUGUCCGGGGUCCGAAAAUUGACCGUUCCUGUGGCUCAACCAUGUUCCCGAUGGUGCGCCCCGCUGGCAUGAAGAUGGCCGCCGAGGUAGCCCACUCCAGCGCCGAUUCGCCGUCUUCAUGGGCCUCACUUCUCCAUCUUCUCCUCCUCGCCGUCGCCAUCCUCCUCCAA